AUGUCACAUGAGCCUCACAGAAACAUCGCAUCCGAUUUACAGCCCUUCACCAUUCCAGGCCUUCCAGACCAGGUAAAUUUAACCAAACUGCAACUACCAAGCUUCAUAAGAGAAGCAUCCAAGAAUGAAUUAGCAAAGAUUCUGGAUCAAACUCUUCAAGCAGAACUAAAAAGCUAUGGAUUCAUCAUUAAUAGUUGCCUUGAGCUAGAACCAGCUUAUGUCGAACACUAUAGGAAGGUCAUGGGACGAAAGGCAUGGCACAUUGGUCCAAUUUCGCUGUCCAUCAGGCACGCCAAAGAUAAAGAAGAAACAGAAGAUAAAGCCUCCACUGCACAACUAGCUGAGAUUGCGGCGGGCCUUGAAGCUUCUGACAGCACUUUCAUUUGGGUUUAUGCAAGUAAUACUGAAGAAAAUAAAGAGUGGAUGCCAGAAGGGUUUGAGGAUAGGAUUGAAGGGAAGGGUCUCAUAAUAAGGGAAUGCACACAACAGCUUCAAAUUCUUGAACAUGAAGCUGUUGGAGGAUUUAUGACUCACUGA